AUGAUCCUCCUCCUCGAUCGUGCGCAAGCCUAUCAAGCACUUGGCCUGCACGGUCAUGCUUAUCGCGAUGCGCUCCGCGCUGGAGAGGUUAUCGACAGCAACAACGUCACCAUCCCAGUAGAUAUGCACGAUCGUAUACAGCUACAGAUCGCAAAAGCCGCGCUCAGCCUUCGUCUUUACCGGACUGCCAUCAAAGCUUGCGAUGACGCUGCGCCUUCAUCGACCAUGACGCGAUUUGUCAAGAUGGUGAGGGAGAGAGCGGAGAAGAGGUUGAAAGAGCAAGAGAGCGGUGAGUAUGAUUGGGUCUCGAUCUUUCGAGAGUCGUUGAAGGACGCACGGAUGGAGAUUGCUGUUGGGGACUAUGUUUCGCCGGCUUGCAACGUCACCCAAGUUGCCGGGCGCGGCAGAGAGGUUAUGGCGACUCGGGAUAUCGUCCCUGGCGAACUCAUCAUGGUCAGCAAAGCCAUCGCCCCGACUUGCCCCGGCCUCGAUGCGCCAGGAGUCUAUGUCAACUGCUACGACUUUGAGUCGAAGAGCAUCGUACCCCAUGGGACGUAUGUGAUGGUGUAUCGGAUGUUGCACAGGAUAUACGAUGAUCCUUCCCUCCUUGAGGUUCUCAAAGGCUUCUCGUCCGCCAUCGUCCCUUCCCCCCGGGACCUCCCCCAAUUAGCAGACGAGUCCACCCGACUCACCCUCCUCUUCACCUCUCCACCCCCAAGCAUGGGGCUCGACGUCUUUCGCCAAAUCUCGAAGACGAACUCCUACGGCGGCCACUCCGUCACCCCGAUGGGCCUGGGCUUUGGAGGGAUGUUGGAGAAGAAGAUUUUGGAUGAUUUCACGGCUGCGGCCAUGGUAAUGCGUGCCAGUCGCCAUAUCGGUAAAGGCAAUGAGCUGCUCGCGAGCUACGCACCAGGUUUCGCAUCUUAUCCCCAACGACACAUGAUCCUGCUCAACUGGAACUUCGAUUGCGCCUGUAUCGUCUGUCAAGCCGAUACCCACCCGGACGAAGAUUGCGACACAAGGUCGCGGAUCAUCAAUUCUCACGCCGACGGCUUGCUUUCCGCCUUUCCGGUCACGAUGAGCAAAAAAGGCAUUAUGGUGCCUCCUAAGUUUAUGGUGAUGCAUGCGCAGAAGGCGGUGGGGCUGGAAGGGGUGGUACGAGAGGUGGAAGGGACGUAUGCGAGGGGGAGGAGAGAGGAUACGAAAGCAGAGUUGGGGCACGUUUAUAAUAGGUUGGGGAGGAAUUACUUGUGCUCGGGGCAGGCGGUGAAGGCGAAAGAGGCGCUCAUGCUUUCCCUCAAAUGUGCUGGAGUCACGCUCACGACACCCGCUCAAGAAAAGUCCCUUAAGAGAAAAGUCUACGAAAGCCAUGAUCUGGAAGACGAUGUCAUUAUGACGAUGAUGCUUUUGGCUGUCGUCGAACUAGGCGACAACAAUAACGAUGCCGCGAACUGGGCACGAACGGGGUUAUGGUUCCAUCGUGUGCGAUACGGGGGCGGGAAAGAGCUGUUCCAGGAGAGGUAUGGACAUUUGUUGGCGAAUUUCCCUAUUAGGUUUGCCUAG